AUGAGCCCCGACAACAAAGACUUCUUCCCACUUCUCGACAUCCUCAUGACGGACCUGCACAAGCACAUUGAGCAUGAAAGCAAUGAGGAUAUGCCCAGGCUCGAAGAAAUCUUGACAAGGGAGGAGAGCAAAAGUCUUGCCAACUACUUCGAGAAGACGAAGCUUAUACUUCCUACACGAUCUCACCCAUCGGCGCCAAACAAGCCAUACUUCGAGAACUUCGCGGCGAUGCUGGCGGCUCCGAUUGAUAAAUUCAUGGAUCUCUUGAGGGCGUUUCCGGAGGAAGGAAAGUGUCGGUAA